UUCUUAUAGAUACACAAAAAUCAGACUCGAAAGUAGCAUAGUUCAGAAAGCAAGAAUACUCCAAACAUGGAAAUCAAGAAAACCCAAAUCCUUCUUCUCUCAGCUCUCUUGCUUUCAUCUUUGGUUCUCAAGACCCUUGGAAAAAGACAUGGUGAAGCUGAAUAUCAACUUUUCAAGGCUAAAUUGAAGCCUAAUUCCAACAUUGACAAAUCCCACUUCACACCAUUUGAGAAUCCACCUGAGCCUAUACAAGAUGGGCUGAAAGAGAAGGAUAUCAUUCAGAAAUUGCCCGGACAACCUCCGGUUAGUUUCAAACAGUAUGGUGGAUACAUCACCAUCAAUGCCACUGCUGGCCGUGCCUUCUACUAUUACUUCACUGAAGCAGAGGAUCCCAAUAAAGCUCAAGAUUUGCCCCUUCUCCUUUGGCUCAAUGGAGGUCCUGGUUGUUCUUCUCUUGGCUAUGGAGCAAUGCAAGAACUAGGACCAUUCAGGGUUGCUAGCGAUGGCAAAACCCUGUUCAAGAAUCAAUAUGCCUGGAAUUAUGUUGCCAAUGUUCUGUUCCUAGAAUCUCCGGCAGGGGUUGGAUUUUCAUACUCCAACACAACUUCAGAUUUUGUGGAGGGUGGCGAUACAAAAACUGCUGCGGACAAUUACGUUUUCAUAUUAAAUUGGCUUGAGAGGUUUCCCGAAUACAAAAAUAGAGACUUUUAUAUUGCUGGAGAGAGCUAUGCUGGUCAUUAUGUACCUCAAUUAGCACAUAAUAUUGUUUACCAUAACAAGAAGGCCAACCAGACAAUCAUUAACCUCAAAGGAAUUCUGAUUGGAAACGCAGUCAUCAACGACGAGACAGAUACCAAAGGCCUGAUUGAUUACUUUGCAAGCCAUGCUUUGAUUUCCCCUGAAUCUUCAAGAAAACUUCACGAAGAUUGUAAAUUUCCAUCGGAUGCCGAAACAUCUGAUGGGUGCAACGAUAUCGUAACAAAACUUAGAACCAUUGCAGGAAACAUUGAUAUCUACAGUAUCUAUUAUCCUCUGUGCUUGGAUGGCAACUUGACCAGCAUCCCUAAGAUGUUUUCUAUAAUGGAGAUUGAUCCAUGCAGUGAAUAUUAUGUUCAGUCAUACUUUAAUCUUCCUGAAGUACAAGAGGCAAUGCAUGCCAAUGUCACCAAAUUACAUUACGAUUGGGAACCAUGCAGUGACGUUCUUAAAGUUUGGGAAGAUAGUUCAUCAACAGUUCUUCCUUUUAUUGAAGAGUUGAUGGAGAAUGCAAUUCGAGUGUGGAUAUUCAGUGGUGAUGUAGACGGAAGGGUGCCAGUGACUGGAACACAAUAUUCCUUGGAAGUGAUGAAUAUUACAACUUUAAAUGCUUGGCGUCCCUGGUAUCGCGAUGGAGAGGUUGGUGGAUAUGUUCAAGAAUACAAGAAUAAUUUAACAUUUGCAACAGUUAGAGGUGCUGGUCAUCAAGUACCAAGUUAUAGACCUGAUCGAGGUCUUUCACUAGUUUCAAACUUUGUAACAGGGACUCCACUCCCUGUAAAAUGAUUAUACAAAUAGAUAAUAGAUUAUCACAAAGCUCUCUCAUUCGGGAUUUAACUCAAUUUGUUUCUUUUACAUUGACCCAAAAUUGUAGUCAUGGCAAAAGUACACAACUUGCUCGUCGUGUUUUGGUUCGUUUA